AUGAAGACAUACGGCUUCAUUACCCCAUCCACCCACCCAAUUAGGAGCCAGAUGGCGCUUCUGGCCAAUCAAAUCAUGGAUGCAAGGAUUCUUAGCAGUAUGAACGGGAGAGUAGAGCUCUCCCAGUUUUUGAGGGUCACCAAUCAAAGCAUCGUGUCACAGGUAAAUUCGGCUCCAGAUGACAACCGUAAGAACAGGAAGUAUCCCUGCCCGUUGUGUGGAAAGCGUUUCCGUUUCAACAGCAUCCUUUCCCUUCACAUGCGUACACACACGGGUGAGAAGCCCUUUAAGUGUCCGUAUUGUGACCACAGGGCUGCACAGAAGGGCAACCUGAAGAUACACCUCCGUACUCACAAGCAAGGCAUUCUGGGCAAAGGCCGUGGGAGAAUUAGGGAGGAGAACAGGCUGCUUCAUGAGCUGGAGGAAAGGGCGAUACUAAGGGACAGGCAGAUGCGAGGCGGCCAUGUUGGUUUUCAGCAAACAUCCAGUAUAAACCUCCAUCAGAAGUCCCCGCUGUCACAGACUGUCCUGACACAACCCCAAUUUUUAACCACCUCAGGGGUUGCUGAAAGCGAACCACGUGCGUCCACGUCGCCUAAAGUUGCUACUGUCCAUGAUGAAUCAGCACAGCCCCAGCCAACAGGUUUCCGCUGCUCAUUCUGUAAGGGAAAGUUCAGGAAGCAGCAGGAGCUUGAGCGUCACAUCCGGAUUCUACACAAACCCUAUAAAUGCACCUUGUGCGAGUUUGCUGCCUCACAGGAAGAAGAGCUCAUUGGCCACGUCGAGACUACACAUAUAACUGCUGACUCAGGCCCGGGUCCAAAGGCCGCAAUGGGGGCAACUGACAAGGGGAAGCCUGUCGGUGAAUUCCCCUGUGAGGUGUGUGGCCAGACCUUCAGCCAGGCCUGGUUCCUAAAGGGCCAUAUGAGGAAACACAAGGACUCUUUCGAGCACUGUUGUCAAAUCUGCGGCCGUCGUUUCAAAGAACCCUGGUUUCUUAAGAACCACAUGAAGGUCCACCUCAACAAGCUGGCUGCUAAAAGUAACCUCCCUCCUGAACAUGAUGGCUCUGUUAACAUGAGCAGUCUCACACAGGACCAUCACAGCAACCUCUACUCCCAGUACAUCUCCCGCAUUCACAACCGGUUUCUCUCAGCGGAGAGAGCUGACCAGCCAGACUAUAAUCACAUGAUUGCCUUGGCAGGAGUUGACAUGAAGGUUAGAGAGAUGUUAGGGAGGAUGAUGUCUGCGGGUCCAGGACCUCUGACAGAUGGCGAGAGCUUUUCUUUGUUGGGUUUAAAUCAUCUUCACCCUCCGCUGAGCUCCACAAGCCUGGAAUAUCUACAGAAAGUCGUUUCUAACAGAGAUGCAGUCAACAGCAGCAGCAGCAGCAGCAGCAACAACUAUCCGGCCUGGCAGAUCAUGACACCUGGGCUGCCUGCUGAACAGCAAAUGUUCAAUCCGAAAAGCCAGCAGCAGCAACAGUGCUCCUCUUACCUGCCUGCAGAAGAUGGAAAAGUGUCGCUUGGUGACCCAGACACCAAGGCCAUCAGCCGACCCAGUAGCCCAGGCAGCCUGAGUCAUCAUGGACUGUCAGAGAUCAUCACAGAGACGGGGAACUCCCACUCCAGCAGCUCCCUGGACCAUAGACCACGAUCUUCUUCACCAGCUACAGGUGAGAAAGUCUACAGGUGUCCACCCUCCAGUGACUACACCACUGCACAGACAGCUUCCCUGGGGUUCCAUCUGGAUCGCUACCACUUCCCCCACUGGCAGAACAGCAGAGAUCUGUCUUCUCCACUGCAGCCCACCAGCAGUAGCUCCAGCUCCAGCCCCAACCCCAAGAUCCGACCGAGGUCAAGGGAAGACUGGAGCCCUGCUGCAGGUCACUAUCUUGGCCUGGACGGUGAAAAUGCCCUUCUGAUCAAAAAGCAGUCUGAUCUUACUGACAAAGAAGCAAGCGUGGACAAUUCUAUAUCUGGUCAAAGCAGGAAGUCCCAGUUUGAGCCUUUAGAUUUGUCUGUCAGACCAGAGUCUCUAUCAUCCCUGGUACAGAUGUCUGGUGUUUUUAGUAAUGGACUUUCUUCCUCUAUUGCCCGCCAGCUACAAAGUUACUCUAACUCUGCAGCUGAAAUCAGUGUGAAACCAGCAUUUCCGUGCGACCUUUUGGUCCAGGGAACAAAAGAAGAGAUGAACGCACAGAAUGCAGCCUCCACAGGUCACAGUGGUAAAAGUGAAUUUGAGAAAACGCCACCUGAGUUAGGGAGGGAGACUGAAAAUGACGAUGCUACCAAGUGGAAGAUCCUGAAAAAUAAUGUCCUGGAGCCGGAGGAGCUUGGACAGUGUGAUUUCCAGGGUCCUGGUGAGAAGAAUGAUGAGCCGGGACAGCGGGCCAGACCUAUUGCUGAAUCCCCCAUCUCUUCUCUGGAGAGCUUGACUCCAGGACAGGCCAUUUCCCUCCAACACCAGGCUGGCCUCCUCUCCUUUCUCAGAUCCCAGGGGAACCUGAACAGUGCAGCUGCCAGCGCUCAAAAAACCACACUGAAUGGUGGAGGGAGCGUGGAAAUAGAUGGUGCAUCAGGUCGGAAGCCAUUCCAGUGCAGGUACUGCCCCUACAGCGCCUCUCAGAAGGGCAACUUGAAGACCCAUGUCCUCUGUGUGCACCGCAAGCCCUUCGACAACAGCCUCUACCCUGACCGCCGCCUCCGACGCUCACACACACCACAGAGGUCCUCCAGAUUGCCUCAGAGCAUCACAGGAGACAAUCGUGUGGCAGGGAGAGACCAGAUCAGCGUGACAUCACUCUGUGGGACUUGAUGCUGUCAUAGCAACAGCAGACACAGACAGUCAAUGAUUCUUGUUUUAGCUUCAACUCAAAGGAGUUAGGAGGAUUGAAAUUGCUAAAAAAAAAAAAAAAAAAAAGUUAACGACAGAGCUUGAUGUACAUUCCAGUGUUUACUUGAAGAGCCACAGUAUGUAUUUAUCUGUAGCAAAGAAGCUGCCUAUAAUAAUAAAGUCCAUUGUGAUGUGAA